GAGUCGUUUCAAGAGAGAACCGUUUUAUGAUUGAUUGCAACUACUCCAUACAUUGAUACCUUCAAAAUAAUUGAAGAAUAUGAAUUGCAAAGGGUUUAAGUGCCAAUUUUUUUUUUAUUUCACUCGGUCAAUAAACAUGGGUCGAAGUGCCAUAUAACAUAUCAUAUAUGUUAAGGAAACUCCAUUUGGCACUUGGAUCCAUUGCUUUUUUGUAGCUGUCAUUUCAUUAGUUUUGGCACUUCCAACCGUUUGUAGUUUAUAAUCUUCAAUUGUUUCAGAUCAAGAAACCAAGGUUCCAAUCCUAAACGUCCAUGCAAAUGAAGAAUGUCUACAGAUCGUGAAAGCUCACCAACUAGCCAACGUUCAUUCAGUUUUUCAAAUGGGGAAAGUUCACCUGUGGGCCUUUUGUUCCGGCAGUGGUCAAAUCUAUCAUUGCUGAAAAACAAUGGUCGUAAAGGCCAGGAGAAAAACAAUUCCAACAAUCCUAUAGCUAUUGAAAGGACUAAUUUAGUUCACAUUAGCAAACUGAUUAUUAAGGAAUUAAUCGAACAGUCAUUGAGGUUCGGGAGAACCUUAGAUUCUGACCAUGUGUCUCUAUUACACUUUUUCAUUAUCAUUGAAGCUGUUCUGAGACAUCGUUUAAGGACUAGGCCCAAAACAAUCCUUGGUCCAAAAAGAGAAUUAUGGGACAUUCUGCAACAAAUCGAAAAAUUCGCUCCUGAAGCAGAAAAUAUAACUGCGAGUGUUAAAGAGUUACCUAACAUUAAGACUUCGAUGGGAAGAGCCAGAGCAUGGCUUCGGAUUGCAUUAAUGCAAAAGAAAUUGACUGAUUAUUUGAAAGUUUUGAUUGAUCAUAAAAAUCAACUUCUGGAAGGUUGUUAUGAAUCAGAUUCUUUGAUGUUGAGUGAAGACGCAAUUGUUAUAAUAGGACUGUUGAUUGGUUUGAACACAAUUGAUUGUAAUUUAUGUCUCAAGGAAGAUGACCUGGACGGUCCUCAAGGUAUUAUUGACUUCUCCCUGUACUUGAAACCUGUUUCAACUUUUCUUGAGGAAGACCAAGAAAAAGAUGACGUCAAUUCAAUACUAGAUCAAAAAAAUUACAUUGAAGAAUUGAACGAACAUUUGAAAGCUACUGUGACCAAUUUAGAGGUCAAAGUUGAGUCUCUCACGAAAGCUAACAAAUCUUUGAAGGAGAAUUUGGCAAUUGCCAAGAAUGACCUUCUAUCCCUGAAUCAAGAAAAUCAACAAUUGCAAGAAAAGGUAGAGAAGAGUGUAGCCCACAACGUGAAUGUGGUAGAAAUUGUUGCUCCAGAAAAUUUCGAUGAUAUUGACACUACAGAUUAUAAAUUGAAACUGCAGGAGGAGAAAGCACUUAGAAAGGAGGCUGAGAAAGAAAUGGAACUGCAGACAUGUUUGAGAGCAGAGAUGGAAGUUGCAAUGAAGCUCUUGGAGAAAGACAUCCACGAGAAACAAGAUACCAUUGUUUCCUUACGAAGACAGCUUGAUGACAUUAAAGUUAUUAAUCUAGAGAUGUAUAAAAAACUUCAAGAAAGUGAAGCCUCGGUUCAACACAAAACUGAACUUAUUGCUAAGCUAGAGGCUAAAUCUGAAUCCAUGACUGACGCCAUUAAAAUUUUGGAAGAAAAAUACAAGGAAAGCGAAAUGCAUAGGGCAAGGGUCGAAUUACGUAACAGAGAACUAGACCUUCAAACGAUUCAAUGCGAAGAGCAGACAACUUGUGUUGAGGGUGACCUCAAAGUUGAAAGGGAAUGGAGGAUUGCGUUGCAAGACAGCAUUGAGAAAGACAAAGAGGUCAUCUCCAAUUUACAAAAGGAGUUGAGUUAUAUGAGGAUUGUAGCUCAAAAAUACACUAAUUUGCAGAAGGAAUACUAUACAUUGAAAGAAAAAUGUUUGGAACAGGAACAAACAAUGGAAGAGUUGGGUAAACAAUUGAGCAGCUCCAAAUUGCAAAUUUCAGACCUUAAAGAGGAGGUUAAUAAGGGUAAAGUGGAGUUCACAUGGGAAGAUGAUAGUUCCGUCACCAACUGUAAAACCUGUAACAAAGAGUUCAGUUUGACCAGGCGGAAACAUCACUGUAGAAACUGUGGGGGUAUUUUCUGUAAUGCUUGCUCUGAUAACUCCACCUACCUUCCCUCAUCGGCUAAGCCAGUUCGUGUCUGUGAUGAUUGCAUGGUGCUGUUGACCGGCAGAAAUUCUGUGAUGUAAUUUUAUUCACUAUGCAGUGUUAAUGCAGUAACAAAGUAGUUUUUAAUGAUAAAUUGAGAUAUUUUAUUUACUAUCGAUAUGGAGAAUUAUUUUAUCUACUGAUUAAAUAUAAAAAUACUUUGGUGAA